GCGAUUGGAACCAGUGUCGAGUGAGGUACGCAUAUCAAAAAGUGACAGUUGCAAUGUUGACAGUGCAUCAUUACAAGAAGCGUUACUACGCUCUCCAGAUGUUGCUCAUGGCGUCGGUGUUAUUUGUGAACUUUAACAAUUAUGAGUUUACGAGCAGUGUUAAUCGCCGUGCAUUUUACACCACGAAUACAAAUUCUUCAAAUUUGUUACGUUUUCGGGAUUUUGGACCGCGUAAUUAUGCCACAAUGACCUCAGCUGCUUCGAGGACUUCUAAUCUUUUAGCCAAUUCCAUAUCAAGCAAUCGUAAAUCAAGAGGAUUUCAAUUUCAUGCCGACGAUAAGGAUGUCAGCAUUGAAUUGGAAUUUAUAGUGCCUUUUGUGCGAGUACCCAUCGAACGUAGUAUGACUGUGGCCAAAUCGGCUCUACGAAGCCUUUUCAAUCUAAAUGUUAGUUCAAUAUUGACAACCGGUGCCGUGAUAGCUGUGGGUGGCAUUUUUGCCAUAAUAUUGAAAUUUCUUUUUACCCCAUUUGUCCCGGCCUAUGCGGCUUUUCGGAAAACCUCGCGAACUUCCGGAGAAUAUAAUUCUACAUUAUGGCAAGAGAAUGAUAAUACAGAUUCAAACACCCAGAAUAUUUUCUCAUUUAUUGAGUCCAAAAUGCAUGAGAAUAACAUCAGUGUGUGUUUUCAAAAGUCGAUUUGUGAAUUUGUUCAGAAAAGUUCUUCCGGAAAUAUUGAAAAAGUCAUGGAUGGGGUGUUAAGUUUGGAUUCUCUACGCAACAUUAUAAGCGGAACUGCUGUUGAGCAAGCUGUGGAUGCGGCCCGAAGUGGGGAAGAUUGUAAUGGUCAGUUUUCGAAUUGCAAUUGGAAUACCAAUUGCGAUGCUACUUCCUACAACGAUUUUCCCAUCAAUGGUAGCAGUAUUAUCUCCAGGCUGGAACGUAUGCCGAAAUUAAAUGUGGUCUCCUUUGAACCUUUGGGUCAACAUUUAGCUGUGGGAUUGGAUUUUCUUUUGCCCUUCAUAAAAAUACCAAUUGUCAGGACAGUUGAUGUUUAUGGCAUUGAACCGGCACUAAUCAACAUUAAUACAGCAGCAUUGGUUACAACUGGACUUCUGGCUGGAUCAAGUGUUCUUGUUUCGUACAUCUUCAGAAGAUAUGUCCUCUUUGAAGCUACAAUGAAAUCUGAUAAAUCGGAAAGAUCAAAUUACGAUUUUGAAAGUGAAUUAUGGUCGGUGCUUCAAAAUGUUAAAGUUGUUUAUAAAAAUUCGACGGGUGAAAAAGUUGAUACCACCCUAACAGGUCUACUAACAAGUCUGGAUGAAACGUUCUCAGAGAAAGGUAUCAAUUUGAGUGAAUGCAUUCAGAAGGUCCUAUGUCAACGUCUACAACAUUCCACCAAUUCGAAUCGCCAUGAAUAUCGUAACGAUGACUCGUUGUCAGGAAUUGAUAAAAUUUUUGAAGGCUUAACCGGUAUGGAAUGGGUUUAUAUGAAUAAAUGCUCUUAA